CUGCACACUGAUCUGGAUAAGGGUGAGAGCGAGGUGAAGUACACUCUCAUGGGAGAAGGGGCCGGCUCCAUUUUCACCAUCGACGCAACUACCGGGGACAUCCAUGCCUUAAGAAGCCUUGACAGGGAGGUGAAGCCUUACUACACCCUCCGUGCACAGGCUGUCGAUAUCGACACCAACAGGCCCCUGGAGCCCGAAUCAGAGUUUGUAAUCAAGGUCCAGGACAUCAACGACAAUGAGCCAAAGUUUCUAGAAGGGCCAUACACAGCCAGUGUCCCUGAGAUGUCACCUGUAGGUAAGAAGAAAUAUCACAAAAGACUGUGUGUCGGUCCCAAAUGGCACCCUAUUCCCUAUAUCGUGCACUACUUCUGACCAGAGACCUAUCGGGCCCUGGUGAAAAGUAGAGCACUAUGUAGGGAAUAGGGUGCAAAUUAGAAUGUAAACAAAAUAUCACAAAAUGCUUCAAUUACCUGCUAAACUUGACAUAACAAAAUAGAUGCAUUACUUAGAAUUUAAAAAACUAUCACAUUGAGUUUUAGAUCGAGACAGAGUACAAAAAGGUAUCAUAAGAAAGGGAGUGGUAUAGCCACAGGUAGAACAAGAGGGAGGAAAACAGAUCCAACAGAUUUUGACAUUUCAGCAAGCGAGCCAGUUAGUGCCUGAGUACAUUGCGGAUCGAGGCUUGUCUUUAUGCUCUCUACCCCAGGGAAGGGAGAUCAAGGUAAUUCACUCUGAGAUUGGCUCCUCUUGAUCUGAAUAUCAAUGGAGCCCUGGCGAAGAGAACAGCAAGUUAUAUCUCUCCAAAUGCUGAAUGGAGCAGGGUACAGUCACUCCACACACAAACUGGGCUGUAGCUUUUUUAUUUUUUAUUUUAUUUUUAUUUCACCUUUAUUUAACCAGGUAAGCCAGUUGAGAACAAGUUCUCAUUUACAACUGCGACCUGGCCAAGAUAAAGCAAAGCAGUGCGAUAAAAACAACAACACAGAGUUACAUAUGGGGUAAGAAAACAUAAAGUCAAAAAAUACAACAGAAAAUAUAUAUACAGUGUGUGCAAAUGUAGCAAGUUAUGGAGGUAAGGCAAUAAAUAGGCUAUAGUGCAAAAUAAUUACAAUUAGUAUUAACACAGGAAUGCUAGAUGUGCAAGAGAUUAUGUGCAAAUAGAGAUACUGGGGUGCAAAAGAGCAAAAUAAAUAACAACAUAGGGAUGAGGUAGUUGGGUGGGCUAAUUUCAGAUGGGCUGUGUACAGGUGCAGUGAUCGGUAAGGUGCUCUGACAACUGAUGCUUAAAGUUAGUGAGGGAGAUAAGAGUCUCCAGCUUCAGAGAUUUUUGCAAUUCGUUCCAGUCAUUGGCAGCAGAGAACUGGAAGGAAUGGCGGCCAAAGGAGGUGUUGGCUUUGGGAAUGACCAGUGAGAUAUACCUGCUGGAGCGCAGACUAUGGGUGGGUGCUGCUAUGGUGACCAAUGAGCUAAGAUAAGGCGGGGAUUUGCCUAGCAGUGAUUUAUAGAUGGCCUGGAGCCAGUGGGUUUGAAGACGAACAUGUAGUGAGGACCAGCCAACAAGAGCAUACAGGUCACAAUGGUGGGUAGUGUAUGGGGCUUUGGAGACAAAACGGAUGGCACUGUGAUAGACUACAUCCAAUUUGCUGAGUAGAGUGUUGGAGGCUAUUUUGUAAAUGACAUCGCCGAAGUCAAAGAUCGGUAGGAUUAUCAGUUUUACGAGGGCAUGUUUGGCAGCAUGAGUGAAGGAGGCUUUGUUGCGAAAUAGGAAGCCGAUUCUAGAUUUAACUUUGGAUUGGAGAUUCUUAAUGUGAGUCUGGAAGGAGAGUUUACAGUCUAACCAGACACCUAGGUAUUUGUAGUUGUCCACAUACUCUAGGUCAGACCCGUCGAGAGUGGUGAUUCUAGUCGGGUGGGCGGGUGCCAGCAGCGUUCGAUUGAAGAGCAUGCAUUUAGUUUUACUAAGCUUUACUAUUUACUUUUAAAUCACCAUGGUCCCUUUCAAGCUGAUCUAAAACAUGGCCAGUCUUCUACUCCCUCUAGGUAAACAGAGCUGGAAGGCAGUCUAGAAGGUAGUCUCUCUCUCUCUCUCUCUCUCUGUGUGUGUGUGUGUGUGUGUGUGUGUGUGUGUGUGUGUGUGUGUGUGUGUGUGUGUGUGUGUGUGUGUGUGUGUGUGUGUGUGUGUGUGUGUGUGUGUGUGUGUGGGUGUGUGUCGGUGUGUGUCAGUGUUUGUGUGAGUGUGAGUGAGUGAGUACGUGGGCCUGAGGCUGGGUGGGUGGGUGGGUGGGUGUGUGUUCCAAAUCAGGGGCAGGAAUAUAGGACCUACUGUUUCCUUUAAACGAGUGAUUGAGCAGGAGGGCUAUAUGCUUUAGGAAUGAUGAUUCUUUUCAGAUGAUUCUGCAGUGUGUGUGUGUUUGAUAAAUGGUUCAAUAGGGCAUUGAUGGAGUGUGUGCCUGAGAAAAAUAGGAAUCACUGCUAAUUACAUUAAUAUAAUUAAUGGAACUGAUAAGCCUUCCUUGGGGAAAUGGGUGUGGAUUCAAAAGACCAAUUAUGAUGAGUACUGUAUUUUUCUUUUCAAAGAACUUCAAGGAACUGGAAUUUGCCAAGUUAAAAGUGGUGCAUAGUUUAUUUAUAUUGUAUUAACCCAUUUUAAACCAAGCACUUGUAUUUAAAAGCUUUAUGGAACUGGAGCUGUUUAUAAAAGGAUUGUAUCAAUAAAAAGCACAAGCAAAAGCGUUAAUACAGUACGUGCUGAUAAACCAGUACAAAGUAACUACCUAUAGUAGUAAAAGUGUGAAUGACCAUUAGCAUUGGCAUAGGAGUGAUAGAGCAAGUAGAGCAUCUCAGCUCCAUUAUACCUGGAUGCGUGGUGCAGGGCUUUGUUAGGAAGGAUUAACACUCUAAUCUCUCUCACCUAAUGUUUUCAAACAAUUGUUACCAUCUGCUCACAGCGCAAAUCCUGUUUAAUUAAGGCUUAUUAUAGCCAACUAAGAGAUUAACAUGUGUCAAUGGCCAUUUGUGGAUGUAACUUCCCUUGGACAAGCAUACUGUACAGUACCAGCCUGUACAUAUGGACAAAAAAAGACAUACCUCAUUUAGCCACAAAAGUGAUUUAAUUGAGUUUAUAGAUAGAAUAAUUUCCAAUUGGAUUGUAGAUCUACAUGCUUCUGUAGAGUCAGUGGAUUAAUGCAAUGGUGUUUUAGAUUCAAGCUACAGUUAUUAAAGGGGGUGAGCCCAUACUUAUAUAACCAGUAUUUACUAUUUUCCUGGUAUUGCAGGAAGUUUGGAUGGCUGCCAUCUUGUUUCCUAUUCCUGCUGUGGGUGGCUCUUUGUUUCACUAAUGGCAGCAAUGUCUAAUGAAUGAGUGUCUUUUGGCUAAACAUCCACUUGCAUAGUUCUGCAAAUGUAUAUUUCACAUAAUUCAACGUUCCAAUACUGCACACUUAUCUUCUAUUAUAUCCUCUUCACACUUUAGUCUCUGUGGCUCUGUCCCAAAUGGCUCCCUAUUCCCUACAUAGGGCACUACUUUUGACCUGAGCCCUGAUUAAAAGUAGUGCACUGUUUAGGGAAUAGAGUGCCAUUUGUGAUGCAUACAUAAUAAUAAUAAUAAUAUGCCAUUUAGCAGACGCUUUUAUCCAAAGCGACUUACAGUCAUGCGUGCAUAAAUUUUUGUGUAUGGGAAGGUCCCGGGGAUCGAACCCACUACCUUGGCGUUACAAGCGCCGUACAUGGUGGCACAAGCCGCUAAACUGCAUGAAAAUAUUACUUUAAAAAAUGACUCCAUCUGAAUGAUGCAAAUGUAUGUGUAUGUUUCACAGGGACUUAUGUGAUGCAGGUGACAGCCACAGAUGCAGAUGACCCUACCUAUGGUAACAGUGCCAGAGUCGUCUACAGCAUCCUCCAUGGCCAGCCAUACUUCUCUGUGGAUCCCAAGACAGGUAAAUAAGAUGGGCAACAUCAGUCAAAAAUCUAUCUAAUUUGGUACUUUUUGUCAAUGUUGAAUGUUGUUUCGUUUAGCGAUUGUUUGAAAUAACAAAAAGGCGGGAUACCUGUCUGUCUCAGAUGUGUUAAACAAUGUAAAUAGCUUACUUGUUGAAAGAAGAAUGAGUUUCUAACUGCCAAGUUUUGUAGCUGUGAUAAUCUAAUAGGUGGGCAGAUAUUCCAACUUUUUAACAUUAGUAUGGACAAAGUGUUGUCUUCAACUUAAAUCAAAUCGAAUAAACAAAUGAGCGAAAUAUCUUGUUUUGAUUACAUUGUAGCUGGCCAGGGCAAUGGAUUAGAAACAGUGACACGUUAUAACUUCAAUUUCUUUACUGUGAACAGAGAAAGUUCUCUAUCAUUGCUAUACAUACAGUGGACUUUGUAUCCUUUCUUUACUUCUUUGCUAAAGCUGGAAAAACAAUCAAUAAUAGCGUCUACAAAUUACAUUUCAGACACCUCAAUAUUAGGCAAUUGGGUUUAGGCCGGUUACUCUUUGACAGCAGUUAAUAACAUUCUGUAGCUUGCUAGUAUAGUCAUAUAAUGUAAUUCAAUAUGUGUGCAGUGCUCACUGCUUUGUCCUCUGUGAAAAUAUAAAUGAACUAGAAAAGGACAUUUCCUGAAGAAAAUGUGUGUGCUUGCUUGUCUUGAAGGAAUUAUGGUGUGAAAUAGUAGUGGUAGUGGUAGUGACUGCAAACGUAAUGAUAGUGGGUCUGGAUCUAUGCCAGUGUCAAGGGAUCAGCAUCUCUCUGACCCUGCCCAUCAUGCGUGUCCAGGGGCCAGCUGGGCCCUGCGAGCAUCAGUCUUAUAAUAGACAGCUAACUGUCAAGAACCCUACAACACUCUAACCCAUAUGUAUUUGCUGUAGCCUACUGUUCGAUACAGUUUCUACUUCUAUUAAUGUGUCCAAAAGUCAAAUUGUCUGUGUUAUAAUUUAGAUUUGUAUUAUGUAUUUUAAUCUGAAAGCAAUUGAAAGAAAAUGUAUGUAUUUCACUGGAGAAAAACAAUAUCCUCAGGAGUCUAUCUGUUAUUGUCCAAAAAGUUUUUGUAUCUCCUGCUUUAACGCCCCUUCUCCAAAAUAGCAGAUUUUGUUGGUAAAGGAAUCAGAAAGGAUUGCCCCGCGGGAGGCAGACACUUCAGCACACUGAAGUGGGCAUUAAACCUUCUCUUAAAUUAUUACAUAGCCAGUGUUAUAAGUUGACCUCUCUGAUUUGCUUGCCUGUCCUAUUUGCAGCCUGACCAACAGCCUGCAGGAAACCUUUUUUUCCUCUUUAGUUCCAAGGGCUCCAGUGACGAUUGAGAGAGGGGGCAACACUUCUGAUCAGAGGCUCAGCGGAAGGAAGAGGAGUGGAGAGGACGAGUGUGUCAGAAAGGGUGCCCCUUUGAACAAGUCCCUCUCAAACCCUGUUGCGACUUCAACUUUAUGCCCCUUUUUUAACCUGUGCGUUAGUUGUCUGGUUUCUGAAAUGUGGUCCACAUUCGUAUUGGUUUCAUAAGCUGAAAUGACUGGGGGCCGGGUCAAGGCUUUUAAAGAAUGGCACUGGUGCUUCUUCGAAUACUUUGCUCUGGAGUGCUCUCUUUCUCAAAAGUUCUCUCUCUUUGUUGUUUCAGAAGAACUUGUUGUUUCACUGUGUGCAAGUUCAACAUCAGGAUCCGAUAAGGGGGGGGGUGGGGGGGUGCAUUCGAGAUGUUUUUAUCCCACUCCUGGUGGAACAAGGAACUAUGUAAUAAAAUACUUUUUCAUUUUUCUCAAGAAAAAUAUACCAUUAUUACCUGAUUUUAGAGUUCAGGCUUUUCGCUGGAAAAAUAGCUGCUUCCCAGUCAGUGAGUUUUGGUGAGGGGCAUUAUAAACAGUGAGAGUUCCAUAGCAGCGAGGUUUGGAGUGAAGCAAAGCAGCCGGGUUCAUUAAAAGGUAUUUUUUGUGUGAAAAGGUUGCCUUUACUAUAGGAGUCAAAGGUCAAACACAGCUGGACCGCAGCUGUUUUCUGUCCUCCCUCCUCUGUCCUCUCGGUUCAUCUCGGGCCCUCAGUCAGAACAGGACGGAAACAGAUUAUUAAUAGUCAUUGUUUGUCUCUUCUGAGUGAACACAGACAUAUGGCCAUAUUCUUAUCCCCUGAUAUUGGAAAUCCUUAGGGCCUGCAGCUCUACUCAAUCAGAUAAGUGGUUCUGUGGUGUGAAAGUCUGUUUUUGUGUGUGUGUCUAUUGCCGUGGUUGCCGAGGAAGUUAGCUGGAGUGUGGAGAGAGACAGUGACCCUGCAAUCCCAUGAGCCACUUCAGAAUGUUAAUGCAGGCGUUUUGGUGUGGAACUGGCCGGCUGAACGGUUCAUGGUUUACUACCCCGCCAACCAGCUCUCUCCAAUGCCUGAUCAACAGCAAAUACUGACAUUCUCCUUAUUUCUCCUCAUAUGCCACUUGGCUUUUUAUAUCUGAGCUCUGAGCAGAUGACGCAAUGGGUUAUAAAAGAAUGUUCCAGGUCAAAAUGUUGACCCUGUUAGAUUGAAGGAUAUCCUUUGUAUGACACCCAUGUCAUGAAGACUGCUGUUCCCUCCAGAGUCCAUUGCUCCAAAGGACCAUGGGACUUCUCAUUGGCCCUCUUCCCAUGAUGCAUUUGGCUGAGCCAGAGCGGUAGACCCUGAAACGCUUUCAGCAAGCACAUCUAAUAAUAACAAGUAUGUUGAAAUUCAGUAGUUGUUCUUGCUUUCAGCAAGCACACCUCUAAAAUCAUUCCAGUAACUGUAUUCUGCACGUGGAACGAAACAGAUACUCUACCAUGGUUCAAAUGCAAUAGAUGGUAUUUUUUACACUGAUACAACGUCCAGCAGAUGAUCUUGUAAUGCUCAAACAGAGAUUCCCAUAGAAAAGGUUAGAACCUUGUCCACAAUGAUAACACAUUUCGAAAUUUGCAAAAUAAAAAAGAGGGGGGGGGGGGGGAAAGGAAAUGGAUCACGAUAACCAUUUCCAAUGUGAUGUCACAGGGAGAAAAGGAAUGGGGAGAAUAUAUCACAGAUCAUGCCUUUCCACCCUGGAGAGUAUACAGAACACACACUGUGACUGUAUUUCCAAACUGAUGGCGAAAAAAUCCAACUGUUAAAACAAAUGUUUGCCAUGCUGAGCCUGCCUCUACAGCCAAACAUACAUCAACGCAGCCGAACAAACAAGAAGGAAAGAGGGAAAAGAAAAGAGGGGGAAGGAAUCACAUGCCUAAAUCACCAUACACUUCACAGCGUCUUCCCUCCCUGCCUGUAUCCCAAAAAGAUGAGAAGAAUGUCAAAAAACAACAUCCUUUGAUUGUUGCACACGCAGAACACAGGAUUUUAGGAUCAAAUGUGACGUCUGUUCUUUUCAUAUGACGGAUGGGGGAAUAAGAGGAAAGAAAACGUACAUCUUGCCCCCUUUCCAUCUCUUCUAUCAUGCUGACCUGGCCAUUACUCGGCUGUAUAUUUGCUCUGAUCUCAGAUCAUCUGGCGAAUCAUUAAAAAGCCUCACCAAGUUCAGUAUUGAAGUGUCUCCACUUCCUGAAAACCGCUAUUUCUAUCUAUCUCAGCCUUGACUUCAGGCAGAGUGCGAAUGACACCAUGACAUUUGGGGGGGGGGGGGUUGGUCUCUAUUGAAUUAAUGCGCUUACGUCAUUUAAGCGGUAAAAAUGAAUUACCUUUUAAUGUGUCAUGAACACAACCAGUCAUUAUAUUUUCAUCUGAUUGUCAAACAAAUCACUUCACAAAGUAGGCUACCUGUGCAUGUUCGUCCACUCCAAAAUAAUUCCAGCACCCAAACUACAUGUAUACUCGCGCCAUUUGAUGAAUGGAAACAGACAUCUGUUACAAAACACCAAAAAGUGUGACUAAUGACAUUCAGCGAUUGCCAUUGAUUAGGCCUACAUUAAUUGAUGCGUCUUGCUGACAAAUUGACAUUUUUUGUGGCCUGGAAAUUCGGGACACGUGGAAUGGGGCUGAAACUGUCCCGGGAAAAACAGGAUGGUCACCCUAACACACAUGGUCAACUUAAUAGCCUAGGCUACAAUGUGUAUUACCAUGAACUUCAAACAGGCCUACCGGUAGCCAGUGAUGUAGUGGUACAAAAAAUAGAUGGGUAAACUCUGAUUGCCGGUUGCAGUGAAAAUAAAUGAUGCUCCCUAUACUUUCAAUGCAUUUUUCUAAAAAAAUAAACUACUUCUGGCCACGGAUGGCAUGGAGAACACCAGUACCCAUGCGCACCUGAAAAACAAAGCAAUGAGCGCUCCAAACAGCUGACUGACAAAAGCAAACAAUGAUAAAUCAACAGAUACAUCCAAUGCAUUGCAAUAAAGGCAGAAGCUAUUUUUUAUUAAGGAUGCAUGGCAAACAAAUUGUGAAAAUUAGGAAGUACAAAGAAAAGUCUAUGCAUAAAGGAGCUCAGCUGAUAGCGAAAUUCAGCACUUCUGUGUUGAUAGCGCCACCACAUAGAAAUAAAUAGUUUAACCAUGACAGAGAGGUGGGGGUGUUUUUCAUUUGGAAGCUUUAAUUUUCAUAUUUUACCACUACAUUCUAAGCAAACAGAGAAUGGUUAACUUAACAUUAUUUAGAGUCCCCAUUAUUUAAAGUUUGACUUUUGGUGCAUUUAGGGGAGCUAACCACUCACUCAAGGGAGCUGAGCCCCCCUGGCAACCCCUUAAUUCACACUUUGACUUCAGGUACAUUAAUGCACCUCUAAGUGUAGGCUCUUUAUAAGGGGGGUGCUACUACCCAGGUCAUUUGUACUUUUGAACCCUCUAGCAGAAAAAAGGGGGCAUCAAGCAUUGCGCAAUCCUUCAGAAUACACGUUAACACUCACCUUGUCCCUUCUGUAUUAUCAUGUUUCCACCUAUCCCCUAUUUGGACUGCACAGCUUAUGUGACAUAAAAGUAAAGUGCCUAGAUAUCGGCCAUUUUGAUAUGUUCUAAUGAUACCAUGUUGUCGUUAGGUAUAAUAAGGACGGCCUUGCCGAACAUGGACCGCGAGGUGAAGGAGCAGUACCAGGUGCUUAUACAGGCCAAGGAUAUGGGAGGUCAGCUGGGAGGUCUGGCCGGGACCACCACCAUCAACAUCACCCUCAGCGACGUCAACGACAACCCACCAAGGUUCUCCAAAAGUAAGAGAGAGAGAGAGAGGAAGAGAUUCAAAUAGAGGCCUGUUUGCACACACCACUCUAGGGAGAGAGACAGCAAUUAAGAGAGAGAGAGAGAGAGAGAGAGAGAGAGAGAGAGAGAGAGAGAGAGAGAGAGAGAGAGAGAGAGAGAGAGAGAGAGAGAGAGAGAGAGAGAUGCAGAAUUCUGCAAAAAUAUCCUGUGUGUCCAAUGUAAAACACCAAAUAAAGUAUGCAGAGCAGAAUUAGGCAGAUACCCGCUAAUUAUCAAAAUCCAGAAAAGAGCUGUUAAAUUCUACAACCACCUAAAAGGAAGCUAUUCCCAAACCUUCCAAAGCCAUCACCUACAGAGAGAUGAACCUGGAGAAAAGUCCCCUAAGCAAGCAAGUCCUGGGGCUCUGUUCACAAACACAAACAGACCCCACAGAGCCCCAGGACAGCAACACAAUUAGACCCAACCAAAUCAUGAGAAAACUAAAAGUUAAUUACUUGACACAUUGGAUAAAAUCAACAAAAAAACAGAUCAAACUAGAAUGCUAUUUUGCCCAAAACAGAGAGUACACAGUGGCAGAAUACCUGACCACUGUGACUGACCCAAACUUAAGGAAAGCUUUGACUAUGUACAGACUCAGUGAGCAUAGCCUUGCUAUUGAGAAAGGCCACCGUAAGCAGACCUGGCUCUCAAGAGAAGACAGGCUAUGUGCACACUGCCCACAAAAUGAGGUGGACACUGAGCUGCACUUCUUAACCUCCUGCCAAAUGUAUGGCCAUAUUAGAGACACAAUUUCUCUCAGAUAACACAGACCCAUAAAGAAUUCAAAAACAAAACUCCCAUAUCUAUUGGGUGAAAUACCACAGUUUGCCAUCACAGCAGCAAAAUGUGUGACCUGUUGCCUCAAGAAAAGGGCAACCAGUGAAGAACAAACACCAUUAUAAAACCCAUAUUCAUGUUUAUUUAUUUUCCCUUUUGUACUUUAACUAUUUGCACCUAAUAUGACAUUUGAAAUGUCUUUAUUAUUUUCGAACUUUUGUGAGUGUAAUGUUUACUGUUAAUAAACAAAAGUUAAAUAAACAAUAAAUAAGUAUCUAUUUCACUUGCUUUGGCAAUGUAAGGACCUUAAAUUGAAAUUGAAUUGAAACAUUGAGAGAGAGAGAGAGAGAGAGAGGAGAGAGAGAGAGAGAGAGAGAGAGAGAGAGAGAGAGAGAGAGAGAGAGAGAGAGAGAGAGAGAGAGAGAGAGAGAGAGAGAGAGAGAGAGAGGAGAGAGAGAGAGAGAGAGGAGAGAGAGAGAGAGAGAGAGAGGAGAGAGAUCGAGCUCUUUGUUAUUGUGUUGGUGCUGUUGUGUGUAUGAAGUUGACGUUACCUUUCCAUGUAGACUUGUGUUAAAAAGCAUGUUGAUAUUAUCGGUUUUAAUAUAGCCAUUUCAUUUUUUGAGUGAAUAAUUGAUUAUAAUGCUGAUGCACAGAGGACAGAUGUCUAUGUUCUUUAUAUUUCUUUACUAUAUAUUAUUUAUUUUAUAGCUUAGUACUUUGCCACAUCCAAGUAAACAUACUUACAUAUUUACCUUCCAUUAAAGAGUUCUUCAUUAUUUAAAGGGAGUUUCUCUUUUUUCAGUUGCAGUGUUCAACUCAAGACAGAGUCAGCAUGGGAGUUGAUGCCUGUAAUAAAAUAUCUGGAAUUAAUUAUUUACUUUAAGCUUCCAAACAAAUCAAUUAAAUUAAAUAGUUAAUCAGUGCACAAGUAAGACACUAGAAGCAGGCCAAACAUGCAGAUUGUGUUAUUGUGUAAGAUUGUGUUAUUCAUUAAUUUAUUGAUCGAUGAAAAUCUAAAUCCAGCAUAUUUGAACAACAUGGAUCAAUUCAACAAAUGUGAAUAUGCAUAUUUAUAAACACAGCCUAUAUACAGACAAAUAUAAUAUUUAAGAUAACUUUUCAAAACCAUUUGACUGAAUAUGAAAAGUUAAGGGAAUAAUGCAAGCAUGCAAUUGUGACUGAGUAUACUGCUCUGGUCUCUAAAUAUUUUGAUAUACAUUUGACGACAGCCUACCCACUGGUCAUAGACUUCAGUUCAACGUCUAGUUUUGUUUUACAUUAGGAUGAGUUGUCUACUAAAGUGAAUUCAAUGUGAAAUCAACCAAACAUUUCCUCGUCAUUGGAUUUAGGUUGCCCCAACAGAUUCAUAGACGACGUAAUCUCAAUUGCAUUCCACACUGCCAUCACCCAACUACAAAAGAGGAAUACCUCUUGUCCCCUCCAAGCUCGUCACCAAGCUUAGGACUCUGGAACUGAACACCUUCCUGGAUCUUGGACUUCCUGACGGGCCGACCCCAGGUGGUAAGGGUAGGCAACAUCCCCUCCGCCACGCUGACCCUCAACAUGGGGGCCCCACAGGGGUGUGUGCUUAGUCCUCUCCACGACUUUGUGGUCACGCAUGUCUCCAACACGACGGUGGUAGGCCUGAUCAUCGGUGACGAUGAGACAGCCUACAGGGAGGAGGUCAGUGACUUGGCAGUGUGGUGCCAGGACAACAACCUCUCCCUCAACGUCAGUAAGACCAAGGAGCUGAUAGUGGACUACAUCGGCGAGGCUGCAGUGGAGCGGGUCGAGAUAUUCAAGUUCCUUGGUGUCCAAAAAACUAAGGACUUAAAGUGGUCCAUGACAGCGCAUCUUCCCCCUCAGGAAGUUGAAAAGUUUUGGCAUGGUCCCUCAAAUCCUCAAAAAGUUGUACAGCGGCACCACUGAGAGCAUCUUGACUGGCUGCAUACCUGCUUGGUAUUGCAACAGCACUGCCCUCGAUUGCAUGGCGCUACAGAGGGUGGUGCGGACAGCCCAGUAAGUCACUGGGGCCAAGCUCCCUACACCUCUCUAUCAGGUGGUGUGAAAGGAAGGCCAGGAAAAUCGUUAAAGACUCCAGCCACCCAAGCCAUAGACAGUUCUCUCUGCUUCCGCACGGCAAGCGAUACCGGUGCAUCAAGUCUGACACCAACAGGCUCCUGAACAGCUUCUAUCCACAAUCCAUAAGAUUGCUAAAUAGCUAACAGAAUGGCUACAACGACUAUCUGAGUUGGCCCUUGUAUUUUAUUUUUGCACUGUCUCAAUGCACACUGACAGGGCUCUACACAGUCACACACACUGACAGUCCAACACACACAUAAUAUGUACACACUAUACUAACUCUACACACACACACUCACAAACAAUCAUCAUUUACGCUGCUGCCACUCUGUUUAUCAUAUAUCCUGAUGCCUAGUCACCUUACCCCUAUACAUGCAGUGCAUUCGGAAAGUCUUCAGACCCCUUGACAUUUUCCACAUUUUGUUAUGUUACAGACUUAUUCUAAAAGGGCUUAAAACAAAUCCUCAUCAAUAUACACACAAUACCCCAUAAUGACAAAGCGAAAACAGGUUUUAUAUAGGUAUUCAGACCCUUUGCUAUGAGUCUCGAAAUUGAGCUCAGGUGUAUCCUGUUUCCAUUUAUCAUCCUUGAAAUGUUUCUACAACUUGAUUGGAGUCUACCUGUGGUAAAUUAAAUUGGUUGGACAUGAUUUGGAAAGGCUCACAUCUGUCUAUAUAAGGUCCCGCAGUUGACAGUGCAUAUCAGAGCAGAAACCAAGCCAUGAGGUCAAAGGAAUUAUCUGUAGAGCUCCGAGGCAGGAUUGUGUCGAGGCACAGAUCUGGGGAAGGGUACCAAAACAUUUGUGCAGCAUUGAAGGUCGCCAAGAACACAGUGGCCUCCAUCAUUCUUAAAUGGAAGAUGUUUGGGACCACCAAGACUCUUCCUAGAGCUGGUCGCCCGGCCAAACUGAGCAAUCGAGGUUGAAUGGCCUUGGUCAGGGAGGUGACCAAGAACCUGAUGGUCACUCUGAAAGAGCUCCAGAGUUCCUCUGUGGAGAUGGGAGAACCUUCCAGAAGGACAACUAUCUCUGCAGCACUCCACCAUUCAGGCGUUUAUGGUAGAGUGGCCAGACAGAAGCCCGCUUGGAGUUUAAAAGGCACAUGACAGCCUGCUUGGAGUUUGCCAAAAGGCACCUAAAGGCACUCAGACCAUGAGAAACUAAAUUCUCUGGUCUGAUGAAAACAAGAUUGAACUCUUUGGCCUGAAUGCCAAGCGUCACGUCUGGAGAAAACUUGGCACCAUCCCUACGGUGAAGCAUGGUGGUGGCAGCAUCAUGCUGUGGGGAUGUUUUUUAGCGGCAGGGACUGGGAGACUAGGCAGGAUCGAGGGAAAGAUGAACGGAGCAAAGUACAGAGAGAUCCUUGAUGAAAACCUGCUCCAGAGCGCUCAGGAUCUCAGACUGGGGUGAAGGUUCACCUUCCAACAGGACAAUGACCCUAAGCACACAACCAAGACAACACAGGAGUGGCUUUGGGACAAGUCUCUGAAUGUCCUUGAGUGGCCCAGCCAGAGCCCGGACUUGAACCCGAUCAAACAUCUCUGGAGAGACCUGAAAUUAGCUGUGCAGCGACGCUCCCCAUCCAACCUGAAAGAGCUUGAGAGGAUCUUCAGAGAAGAAUGGGAGAAACUCCCCAAAUACAGGUGUGCCAAGCUUGUAGCGUCAUACCCAAGAAGACUCGAGGCUGUAAUCGCUGCCAAAGUUUCUUCAACUAAGUACUGAGGAAAGGGUCUGAAUACUUAUGUAAAUGUCAUAUUUCCGUGUUUUAUUUUUAAUAAAGUUGAUACAUUUUAUAAAAACCUGUUUUUUCUUUGUCAUUAUGGGGUAUUGUGUGUAGAUUGAUAAAGGAUUUUAUUUUUUUUCAUCAAUUUUUGAAUAAGGCUGUAACUUAACAAAAUUUGGAAAAAGUCAAGGGCUCUGAAUACUUUCCGAAUGCUCUGUAUCUACCUCUAUCACUCCAGUAUCCCUGCACAUUGUAAAUAUGGUAUUGGAACCUUCCCUUUAUACAGCUUCUUACUUUCUCGUGUUCUUCUUAUUUAUUUAUUUUAUUUCUUGUGUGUGUUUGUUCUAUAUUAUGUUUAUUUUAGUGCUACAUUGAUAUUGAUUACUGCAUUGUUGUGUUUGGAGCUAGCAAGAAAGGCAUUUCACUGUACUUGUGCACAAAACUUGAAACUUAAAAGGUUGGAUGAAAAAAGGACUAAAUUCCUUUACGUUGAUUACUUUUUACAAAUCUAAUCAGUUUUCCAUGUUGAUUCAACAUCAUCACAUUGACAUUUUUGGUUGAAAUGACGUGGAUACAACGUUGAUUCAACCAGUUUUUGCCUUUUGGGUACUGUAGGCAGGCAGUCACCCCACUCUGGGAUUCCCCCCCCCCCCCCCCCCUCAUAAUGCUGUUACAGCACAGAGGUUCAGACCAGGGGUGAUGUCUCCUGUCCGUCCUGAUGCUCGCUUCCAAACCAUUUCGGGACACACUGAAAAAAAGCCCAAUACAAUGCCAGAAGUUGAAAAUGAGCUUGUCUAGAUCAAUCUAUUUAUUUUUGUCUGUAAGGUUUCUUUCACCUGAGAGUCCCUGAGUCCUCUGCAGUGGGUUCUGCUGUGGGAAGGAUCAAAGCUCAUGACUUGGACAUCGGGAAGAACGCAGAAGUAGAGUACAAAAUCGUACCGGGGGACGGUGGCAAC